AUGCAUGAUUUUAUAGGAAAUGAUGGACUCCCAUUUUUUGGUCCAGCUUUCUUGCAUUUUACGUCAUUGGAAUCUCGACAAUAUUUUGGGAGGAUACUAUUAUCCGUGGAAACUGAAUUAGUACCAGCUGAAAUUGAAAAUGUUGAAAGAUUGCAAGUUGAUGAUAUAGAUUCAAUUCUAGAAGAGGAUUUAAUGUAUAUUCCAAUAGUAAUAAUUUGUGUUAUAUUGUGUGUUAACCAAGUACAUAAAAAUCUUAUCAGUUCAAAAAAUAUGACAAUAACAAUGGAUUAUAGUGAAUAUAAUUUAGCUAUGGAAAGUGAAAACAAACGAGAGCUUAUUAACACUAAGACACCAGAAUACAAAGUAGUGAGGUUAGAAAACGAUUUUUAUAAAUUAUUGAUUGAAGAAGAUAGAAAACCCUGCUUAUUUUUAAUUACAAAUUUACCAAGUAUUGAAUAUUACGCAAUGUGUUCUAUGAAUUUAUUAUCUAAGACUAUUAGUAGUAUGUCGUAUAAUGGCCCACCCAAUAUUUUCUUAAAUUUACAUAAUGGUAAAGAAAUCGUAUCAAGAUGUCAAAUUCAAACAAGAAACUUUUUAUAUUCAAAAAUUUCAGAAUGUAAAGGAAAAUUUUGUAAACGAAUUCGACCUUGGUUUUUGUCAACUGAAAUAAAAGAAAAUGUAUUUGAUGGAAUUAUGGAAACUAUAUUUUGGAUAGGACCAUACGAGGAUUUUAAUGUGGGAUUGAGACAAAUUCCUGGACUUCUGUAUAAUAAUAGUAAUGAACAACCAUGCUCACAAUAUAGUUACAAAUUAUUUGACAAAACAGUAAUUUUUAAUUAUUUAUUAAUGAGUAAUAUAUGCAUGAAUCGUGUACACUAUACUCAUGUUUCACAAAAAUAA